AUGGGAAAUUCCGAGCCAGAUGCAUUAAAUCUAUGUCUAGAUGAUGUCACUAGACCUUUAUCUAAAAUUGUUCCACUAUUAUCCAUAGUUAAAAAUACACAAUCACCUGUCGAACUUUUCCAUAAAAAUGAUCAACACAAGCAAUCAAAUCAUGAGAUAGACUCGAGUGACGUUUCUGAGGUCAAUGACAAUUCUAUUUCAAAAAACUUUAGAGAAUGUAAGCCAAAAUAUAGAAAGUUGCAUGAAAAUAUAGAUUGUGAAAAUAUGAACAAAGAGUACAAAAAUCAAAUAAAUAAAUCACAACAAAAUUUAAAAUCCAAUAAUAAGAACUCACGUGAUAUCGUACUUGUAAAUAAAAUGAAUAAUCAUCAUGAAAACGAAAAUUUGGAAGACAGAAAUUGUAUAAAUGACUCUAUUCAUAGCAUAAUAGAAAUAUUAGAGAAAUCGUUAAGGAAUUCAAGCCCUAAAAAAGAAACCAAACUUCAAGAAGCAUUAAAAUUACAGGAUGAUAUUGAGGAAAUUCCCAAUGCUCACAGUGAUAUUAUGCCAGAAAAUAAUUGCAUAAAUCAAAAUUAUAAUGAAAUGAACACUACCUAUAAUGAUACUUAUAGACCUGAUGAGAGAGUAAUUCAAAUUUUACAGGAACAAAAUAAAUUUUUGAAAUCUAUCUUGUUUAAAACAUUUAGUUAUGGUAAUGAUACAAUUGAUGGACGAAAUGAAAAUAAACCAAUAAGAAUAAAUUUAACAUUGAAUAUAAAUAAUUUGGGAGCGAAUGAAGACGGUAAAAAUUAA